CUGCCUGAAUGGUCUAUAGCGAGAACGGAAACUCUAGACCGGGAAGUGGGGCAUCUAAAUCAAAUCUAGCUAGCUUACUUUUCAAGUGUACCUAAGCGUCCUGCUGACUAUUGGAUGAGGCCGAGAUGCAAAGUCAGGAUCCAUGCGAAAAUGGUAAGUUAACGGUAUAAAUUGUUAACAAAUUUGAUAACGUAGCUAACGUUAGCUAGGCUUGGUGUACGUUCGAUGUUCAACAUGGCGUAUGCCGUCUCUUGCCCUAUGAUCCCGCCCUGCCUGAAACGUAGUAUAGGCUGCCUAGGCUAGCUGAAAUGGUGGCACUGGCAAGUCCACGUAUCUGCAAUAUCUAGACUGUUUCGAAAUCAUGAAUUACUUUAUUUCACUCUAUAUCGUUGUUUAAAGGGUCAAAUCAGCAGUUGCUACAUCCAUUGUUGUACUUAUUAAUGACAUGAACCCAUUGAUUCUUGAAGAAUAUAACUUAAAUGCCUCAUUAGCAAAGUUCUACUGUCGUCGUACCCAAUGAUGUAUAUAAAUCAUUGGUCAUACCCCAUCAACCCAAAAUAUAAGCUUGUUUUAUUCCAAUGUUUGUCAACAAUGUAAUUGUAAACAAACACUAUAUAGACUCAAAACAUGACUAAAACUAUAAUGUUGAUAUCAUGGAUGGCCAGUCCUUGUAUCCAUAACUAUUUCUAUAUGAGAGCGGUUACAUUUCUCUAGCCCCAUCCCUUAGUUUUAUACCUUAAUAUGGGUGGGGAAUCGGGACCCAGCUUUGUUAUUGUUUCUACUGCUGAUUGUCGCUUUAAAUAUCCCGUUAACAUAUAUAUUUUUACUGACGUUAGUCUAAAGUGUGGUAACUCUUUAGCUAGAGCUAGCUAGCUAGGUCAUAUGAAUGCGCGCGCCUAGUCAGAGUGGCGGUGUGUCGGCUAACAACUUAUUUUCCUAUUUUUAGGUCCCCCUCUUCUUCUUCCCUCUCUGCGUCUCUUCAUUCCACCACUGCGGCUUGUCUCUGCGGCCAUGUGGCAAGUGGUUCAGCGAGGAGAUGUUCAAGAUUAUGGGAUGCUGGAGGAAUUUGUCACCACGGUGACCGAGAUUGUGCCAGAGCUUUUGAGUUGCAGUCAGAGGGCCCAACUCAUCCUGGGGCUUCGAGCAAGGGUAAGAGAUUGGGCUCAGAAUGGGGAAAAUAAACAUGCAACAAGAUGAUGAUGUGACGGUGGUCCUAGCCUUUAGCCCAAACAUAGACCUAGAACUCCUACAUUUUUACAUUUUAGUCAUUUAGCAGACACUCUUAUCCAGAGCGACUUACAGUUAGUGCAUACAUUUUUCAUUUUAAAAAAAUCAUACUGGCCCCCCGUGGGAAUCGAACCCACAACCCUGGCGUUGCAAGCGCCAUGCUCUACCAACUGAGCUACAGGAGGCCUAUAACUCCUACAUAGAUCUAGAACUCCUACAUACAGUGGGGGAAAAAAAGUAUUUAGUCAGCCACCAAUUGUGCAAGUUCUCCCACUUAAAAAGAUGAGAGAGGCCUGUAAUUUUCAUCAUAGGUACACGUCAACUAUGACAGACAAACUGAGAAAGAAAAAUCCAGAAAAUCACAUUGUAGGUUUUUUAAUGAAUUUAUUUGCAAAUUAUGGUGGAAAAUAAGUAUUUGGUCACCUACAAACAAGCAAGAUUUCUGGCUCUCACAGACCUGUAACUUCUUCUUUAAGAGGCUCCUCUGUCCUCCACUCAUUACCUGUAUUAAUGGCACCUGUUUGAACUUGUUAUCAGUAUAAAAGACACCUGUCCACAACCUCAAACAGUUACACUCCAAACUCCACUAUGGCCAAGACCAAAGAGCUGUCAAAGGACACCAGAAACAAAAUUGUAGACCUGCACCAGGCUGGGAAGACUGAAUCUGCAAUAGGUAAGCAGCUUGGUUUGAAGAAAUCAACUGUGGGAGCAAUUAUUAGGAAAUGGAAGACAUACAAGACCACUGAUAAUCUCCCUCGAUCUGGGGCUCCACGCAAGAUCUCACCCUGUGGGGUCAAAAUGAUCACAAGAACGGUGAGCAAAAAUCCCAGAUCCACACGGGGGGACAUAGUGAAUGACCUGCAGAGAGCUGGGACCAAAGUAACAAAGCCUACCAUCAGUAACACACUACGCCGCCAGGGACUCAAAUCCUGCAGUGCCAGACGUGUCCCCCUGCUUAAGCCAGUACAUGUCCAGGCCCGUCUGAAGUUUUCUAGAGUGCAUUUGGAUGAUCCAGAAGAGGAUUGGGAGAAUGUCAUAUGGUCAGAUGAAACCAAAAUAGAACUUUUUCGUAAAAACUCAACUCGUCGUGUUUGGAGGACAAAGAAUGCUGAGUUGCAUCCAAAGAACACCAUACCUACUGUGAAGCAUGGGGGUGGAAACAUCAUGCUUUGGGGCUGUUUUUCUGCAAAGGGACCAGGAUGACUGAUCCGUGUAAAGGAAAGAAUGAAUGGGGCCAUGUAUCGUGAGAUUUUGAGUGAAAACCUCCUUCCAUCAGCAAGGGCAUUGAAGAUGAAAUGUGGCUGGGUCUUUGAUCCCAAACACACCGCCCGGGCAACGAAGGAGUGGCUUCGUAAGAAGCAUUUCACGGUCCUGGAGUGGCCUAGCCAGUCUCCAGAUCUCAACCCCAUAGAAAAUCUUUGGAGGGAGUUGAAAGUCUGUGUUGCCCAGCGACAGCCCCAAAACAUCAAUGCUCUAGAGGAGAUCUGCAUGGAGGAAUGGGCCAAAAUACCAGCAACAGUGUGUGAAAACCUUGUGAAGACUUACAGAAAACGUUUGACCUGUGUCAUUGCCAACAAAGGGUAUAUAACAAAGUAUUGAGAAACUUUUGUUAUUGACCAAAUACUUAUUUUCCACCAUAAUUUGCAAAUAAAUUCAUUAAAAGUCCUACAAUGUGAUUUUCUGGAUUUUUUUUCUCAUUUUGUCUGUCAUAGUUGACGUGUACCUAUGAUGAAAAUUACAGGCCUCUCUCAUCUUUUUAAGUGGGAGAACUUGCACAAUUGGUGGCUGACUAAAUACUUUUUUCCCCCACUGUAGAUCUAGAACUCCUAUCUAUAUGAGGUCUAAGCAGAACUUUUCCCAUGUACAGUAUGAAGGUAUAUGCCUAUCUAUCAUCAGAAGGCAGUUAUUUUGCAUCCUUUAGAUCACUGAGCAGUCUACAAGAAUGUAUUACAUCCACUUUUAGAAGCAGAUAUUUAUAGUUAUCAUAGUAAACACCACAACGCACCCUGGAGCUAUCCUACCUUUAGACAAAACAAUGUAGACAGUUGACUCUGGCCUUAGACAACUGACUGGUUUUGGUAAUUGACAGAGAUGAAGACCCUGACGCUGAUUUUUUUCAAUUGAAUACUGACAUUGGGCCUUAUCUAGGCUAUCUGUCGUUUUCUCAAAAUGUGUUACAAUGAGAACAGAGCAGUGCCUAGGAAGUGUGGGGUUGACCUUUGACCAACUAUUGACUGGCCAUUUGUCAUUUCAGCUGGUUCUGGAGUUGUGUGGCACUGAGCAGACAUUAGACCUCCAGAAUAUUCAGCAACACCUGGACAGGAUCCGAUCCCUCACAUCCACUGGGGAAGCAGAGGUGAGUAUCUUUCAAAGAGGGAUUGGAGCUGAAGAACACAUGCCUAUGUAAUUCGGCGUGCUCACUGAUGUUCAGUGAUGGGUAAAUCCAUUUCAAUUCAAUCACUUUUUGACAGCAUCCCUUUUGAUUUGAAUGAAACCUCCAUACACAUUUGCCCAUUGUAGCAGUGCUCAGAAAGUGACUUUUUGGACUUGAACGGCAAAAUAUUCAAGAGAUAAAGGUGCUUAAAGUUGACCUAUUUCGCAUACUUGACCAUACCAUCAUGACAUGUCUUCAUCACUAAAAAAGAUAACCAGUUGAAAUUGACAUCAUUGAAAAGCUUGCAAACAGGGUUUCCAAACUAUUUUAUAAUUUCUAAAAAAGGGUAUUAAUAAACAUUUGUCAUUUUUUAACCUUAAAUGUAAAUUAUCUAAAAACGCUUAAACUAAUUAAAAAAACAUAUUUGCAUAUGUUGUAGCUCAGACCCUAUUUUACAUCACCUGAAGUUGUGUUGUACCUGCAAUCGGUUGAAUACAGGGCGGGUGUCAUGUUUUGCCUGAUAAAUGUACUAAAAUCAAAUUGAAAUUUCUACUUUCAAAUGGUACCACACAUCAGAGAAUGUUGACUAGAAUGGAAUAUCUGUUGGUUUCAAUUAUACUCUCAUUCCUCCAUAGGAAACCUAUUGAAAUCAUAGAAAUAUAGAUACUAGUAUAGACAUGACCAUUUAAGUUGACAUUCGACGAUGGGUGGACCGGGAGUCAUCUUUGUGGUAAUAAUUAAAAGUAAAAAUGUCCAUUCAAUUAAAAUGUCAAUGGAGUACUAGCUAAAUUGCAUUGGUCUGAUGGGAUAGGUACAUUCUAUACAUUUUAUUUCUAUGAUUGAAAUGACACCCACACUGUAUUCAAGAGCAUGUUGUGUCUCAACCGAUGGUGGGCUCAACACAAAAACCUCAGAUGAUGUAAAGGUUUAAGCUACACCAUAUGGGAAUAUGAAGAGAGAAAAAAGUACUUGUUUUUAGAUAACUGACAUUAAAGGUUAAUAAAUGUCAUAAUUUGUAUAAAAAACAUUUUUUUUAUUUUUUAUUAUAAAAUAGUUUGACAACCCUGUUUGUAAGCUUUUAAAUGAUAUCAAACUCAACCGUUUAUCUUUUCCAGUGAUUAAGACAUUGAUGUCUCAUGGUAUGGUGGGGAAUUCAAAAUGGGUCAACUUUAAGUACUUUUACCUCGUGAAUGUUUUGGCAUUCAGGUACAAAAAGUAACUUUCUGACCACUUCUUCCAUGAGCAAACAUAUAUGGAAUGUUUUGUUUAAAUCAAAAGGGAUGCUGUCAAAAAGUAAUUGAAUUCAAAUGGAUUUAAUCCGAUGUGCCCCCGGCUGGCUGGAGAUUUAGCUUUAGGACAAAUGAAACAUUUUCUAAAAUGUGCAAACUCCGCCCACCUGUGGAACCAGAUGAUGCAAAACCAAUAGGCCCAACCAGACUAUUGUGUGAUUGAGUUGUAAGCUUCAGUGAUGUAAUAGUUGUGCAUGUUUUGUUACAGUCAGGUGAUGCAGAGGUGGAAUUAUCUGAAUCAAACUUUGUGGAGCUGGUUGAAUCUCUGCUGAAAGACCCAAGUGAAAGGGAGAACUUCUACCAGGUUUGUCUCUCCAUUUAGUCUUCGCUGCAGUUAGAACUUAGCCUGGUACCAGAUCUGUUUGUGAUUUUGCUUAUUCCAUUGUCAAUGUUUGGCCAUAAGAAGUUGGCAAGAAAGCAGAAAAAUACUGUUUUUUUUAAAUAUUCUAAAUGUUACAUCCAUGUACAGUACCAUUCAAAAGUUUGGACACACCUACUCAUUCAAGGGUUUUUCUUUAUUUUGACUAUUUUCUACAUCUUAGAAUAAUAGUGAAGACAUCAAAACUAUGAAAUAACACAUAUGGAAUCAUGUAGUAACCAAAAUAGUGUUAAUCAAAUCAGAAUAUAUUUUGGAUUUGAGAUUCUUCAAAGUAGCCACCCUUUGCCUUGAUGACAGCUUUGCACACUCUUGGCAUUCUCUCAACCAGCCUUAUGAGGUUGACAUAUUCACUACAAUGUAGAAAAUAGUAAAAAAUAAAGAAAAACCCUGGAAUGAGUAGGUAUGUCCAAACUUUUGACUGGUACUGUACAAGACUUCAUCUCCAAUACAUUAAAGUACUAUAUUUCUACAGGUUUGAGUCCUUCUCAUUCACACAUACUGUAUUCCCACCUCCAGGUGUUUGUGGUUUAGUUAUGGUUUCUUUAUAGAUCAAACAAAAUACUAAAACAUUCUGCUUUAGGGUGUUGAAGUGGCUGUAUGAUGGUCUAAGACCAAAGGGAAUAGCAGUACACAUUUUAGGCUAAUUAUCGACAUUAUUACAUUUAUUUAUUCUCAUCUAGGAUGUGUUCCCUGUGGAAUUUGGGCCCAAGUAUGACACUGCAAUACAGAUGCUGAUGUUGGAAUUCCUUUCCAGACUUGAGAAGUUACUUCCCAUACCAGACCUUGAACAGGUAAUAAGAAGGAAUAACACCUUUAUCUAAUUAGCUUGGGGAAUUAGAAGUCAAGAAUACCAAGCAAGAAUCAAUAUGUUCAUGUUUAAGGAACUGUGAGUUGGACAUUUAGUUUGUUGUUAAUGCUUUUAAACCAUGUUUCUCUCUCUCAAGACCGCCUCCUUGCUAAAUGCUGUCCCCUCUGCUCUGGAGAAAUGUGUACAGUUUGUACCUGACUUCAGACAAUUGAGGACCCUGCUCCAGUACCACAGAAAACGUGGACAUUUGGACUCCAUCGGUGAGUAUCAUACAGAGUCAGAGGAUCCAUGGUUUGGAUUGGUUGUGAAAAAAUUGCAAAUGAUGAGUGUCAGGUAGAGUAAUUAUGUAUAGGAUAUAGAUUAUUGGUUAUGUUUGUCUGGUAAAAGUUUAUAUUUGAGGCAUUGACAUAAUUAUCAUAUGUGCUGUUCAAUUUAACCGUAAUAUUUUUAAUUGUCUCCCUCUUUUGCAUGAAAAGGAACUCCAUCGUCCUUUGGUGACUGCAUCCUCUCCUCUUUGUCUCUUCCUCCAUACGUGCGAGUGGUGACUGCCCCAGAUGUAGACUCUGAUACACAGUCAGAAAGCAUGCAUUUGGAGGGAAUGGAAGCAAGAGAGUUGUUGGAGAAUCGGACAAAGGAAAUUGAUGGACUAGUUCCAGCAGAUGAGGUUAGAAGAGACGUAAUUACUGAGCAGGAUUACGGUAUUGACAUGGAGACAGCCGUUGGGGAAAUUGACAAUCAAGCUGUCACUGGCUUGAAUUCACUCAGACCAUCACAUUUUCAACCAUUAAAACGAAGCAAAAGGCUGCAGAUUAAGAAAAUGUUUUCAAAACGACGGAAACCUCGGAAGACUGAUUCUUCCGGGCGUGCAAUCAAACAGCCAUCAUCCUCCAAGGGUCGCCCCUCCCCAAAGAAGUCAUGUAAAAGAGGCCCAUUCAAUAAGACAUGUGAAGUGUGUGGAAAUACUUUCACUCGAGUCACAGCCAUGAAAAGGCAUCAGCUAACCCACACUGGAGAUCUCAAGUUUAAGUGCCUCAUGUGUGAAAAAAGCUUCAGGGAUGGUCAUAAUCUGAAGAGACACCAGAGGCGAGUUUGUGAAAAGGAGCUAAAGAUGUUUGAUGAUAAAAAUGAAGAGAUCCCACAACCCUCAACUAGCAAAUCUCUGAUCACAUCACCCCUUAAGACUUCCUCUCCACCAGGGCCAUCUCAUCAAGGAACUCUGGACACUAUCACAGCCACCAACACAUGCUCUGUGUGUGGGAGGUUUUUUGCUCGUACUUCAAGCUUGGUAAGGCACAUGAGCUCCCACUCAAAAGAGCGUCCAUUUGGGUGUGUCAAUUGUGGUAAGAAAUUCAAGUAUUCAUACGAUUUGAAAAAACACCAGAGAGAAUUGUGUCAGAAAAUGACCCAGGGAGAUUUGUGUCAGGAUGUUGGUCAGAACAUGGCACAACAACAGAGUGGCCCACAACCGGACAAGGUUUUUCUUGCCACUGCAGAAAAUCGAACCCAGGUAGAUUCCAAAACCUGUUAUGUCUGUGGUAAGAUUUUGACUUGUACCUCACAGAUGGAAAGGCACUUGAAAUCUCACUCAAAAGCACGUCCCUAUAAUUGUGCUAUUUGUGAGAGAAGCUUUAAGUACAAAGAUACAUUGAAGAAACAUCAGGAAAUCCUUGGUCACGAGGGCAUCCUAGAAGACUUGGGUCAGAGUGUGGACCAGCAAGAAGUGGAAGUUAACACAGAGAGUUGCAUCAGCCCUCUCACUACCAAGGAAAACGACACUGAGCCCCUUAUCAUGGCUGUUACUUCAGUGCCGACUCUCAAAGAACCCAAACCAUGCACUGUGUGUGGGAAGAUUUUUAACCGUGCUUCAGUUAUGGCUAUUCAUAUGAGGUCCCAUUCAGAUGAGCGUCCUUAUCAAUGUGGCAAUUGUGAGCAGCGCUUUAAGUACGUGCACAAUUUGAAUCAACACCAGAGAUAUAUCUGUAAGGUGAACCGAGAAGAGUCCUCUCAGAUGGUAGACCAGCACCAAGAGGAGGAGUCUAGCGAACCACUGGCUGCUAAGGCUGAUGCUCCAGAGACCUCUACCAGUCAACUCCAACUGGUUCACUGGUGUAAAAAAUGUGGAAAGAGUUUCGAUGACAUCUGUAAUUUGAAGCAACACCAAGAAAGUUUAUGCCGAGAGGAAAAAAUAAAGGUGGUCUUCAAAUGUGAAAAAAGAAAGGUGGUCUUCAAAUGUGAUGAUUGUGGGAAGGACUUCAAAGGUUCAUCAUCCCUAAGAACACACAAGCGAAUUCACAACCCAUUCUAUUGCUCUGAUUGUGGAAGGGUACUUCCAAACUCCAUUGCCUUUGACAGACACAAGCUGAUGCAGCACAAGGAAAUCCAGUGUACCAUGUGUGAGAAGACCUUUACCCUGUUGGGGCGUCUGAGAGAUCACUAUCUGCAUCAACAUAAAUUCACAGGACCAUACGCCUGCUCUCAAUGUGAGAAAACCUUCACUCAGUUAAGAUACCUUGUUGAACAUGAGAGAGUUCACUCAGGUGAGUACCCUUACCAGUGCUCUGUUUGUCAAGCAAAGUUCAAUAAAGCAAAUUCUCUAACAAUACACAGUAGGAAGCACACAGGAGAAAAGCCAUUCCUGUGCUGGCAGUGUGGAAAGAGCUACAAGGAUCGUGGAAACCUGUCAAUGCAUAUGGGGACCCACUCAGAGGAGAGACCAUUUUCUUGUUCGCAGUGUGACAUGACUUAUCGGACAAAGAUUCAGCUGAAUACACACAUUGAACAAGUUCAUGAGGGGGUGAGAUAUACCUGUGCAGUCUGUGGAAAGCAGUUUUUGAAAGCAGUGUCAUUGAUAAGACAUGAACUUACUCACACAGGAGAAAGACCUUUUCCAUGCUCCUAUUGCACAAAAACCUUCAUCACUGCCAAUGAAAGAAGGCUGCAUGAAAGAUACCAUACCGGUGAGAGACCAUACAAAUGCCAAGACUGUGGAAAGUCCUUCGUACAGUUAUGUUUCCUGAAAUCACACCAACGACUUCACACUGGAGAGAAGCCAUUUGCAUGCAGCAUUUGUGACAAAAGUUUCAGAUUAAAUUACCAUAGGCAAAGACAUGAGCGAACCCAUACAGGAAAACAGAAGCCACAUGUGUGUGCGGAAUGUGGGUUAGCUUUCGCUCAAAGAAAGCGCCUGACUGAACAUCAAUGCACUCACUCCUUGAAUUAAAAUUGAAGGUUUUUUUGGAACUCUGAUGUCCCUUUGUAUUGUUAUUCAUUUUAAGACAGUACAGCAGGGAAAGUAGUGAGGGAGACAGAAUGUAGGGAGACAGACAGAAGGGCAGAGAAGGGGCUUGAACCCUUGUCCCCAGGCAGGUAAAUGUGGACCGGAGUCAAAAGCAUUACCACUCUGUUAGACUCUGGCAUUUUAGUUAUUGUUGUUUACUAUAUAUAACAACUACUGGUUUAACACCUCUGGUUUUAAUUAGUAUUCUCUUUUUUCCAGCUUUUUUUCAUCAUUCAGUGGAUAAUUUCAAUAGCUCAUGUGUAGUAUGUACAGUAAAGGUUGAAACAUGUCAACUGUUAUUCUCAAAUAACCACUACAUUGCAUUUUCUGAUAAUAGCAAUAAUAAAGGAGAAAGACAUGAAAAUAUCUGUCUGAUUUAAAAACAUGGGUGUAUUCACAUUUGUAACUUUUUGCACAGAUACACUUCAUACAAAAGUCAACCAAUGCUUGCAGAAAUAUGUUUUAUUAGGAUCCUUCUGGUCAACAUCACUGGUCCUCAAAUAUCCCUAGAUCAUUACCGGUUAAACUGGAACAAAAUGUGAAGUUUGAUUUUACUGAAAGGUAGGCUAAUCCAUGGAAAGGUCCUUUGCAGGAAGGGUAUUUGGCAUAAAAGCUAUUGACAUUUUUAUCCAACAGCUUCAUGAUAUUUAGGGUACUAGGAGGUAACUAGCCCUAAGAACAAUGUCUAAUUGCUGACACAAAAAAGCAACGUUUGGAGAGAAAAAAAUUGGUAUGUGGAUGAAGGUCAUGCUUAGGCAAAAAACUAUAAAGGGAAAUAAAUGGCUACAGUUUACAUGUUUUAGCAGAUGCUCUUAUCCAGAGCGACUUACAGUUAAUGCAUACAUCAAUUUUAUUUUUAUACUGGCCCCCCGUGGGAAUCGAACCCACAACCCUGGCGUUGCAAACGCCAUGCUCUACCAACUGAGCUACCUCCCUUCCGGCCAUUCCCUCCCCUACCCUAGACGACGCUGGGCCAAUUGUGUGCCGCCCCAUUGGUCUCCCGGUUGCAGCCGGCUACGACAGAGCCUGGAUUCUAACCAGGAUCUCUAGUGGCACAGCUAGCACUGCGAUGCAGUGCCUUAGACCACUGCGCCACUCGGGAGACGAGUUUACACUUUUUUAGUUAUUUCAUGAAUUGUUGCUUUUAGAAAAGGGGUAACUGCCCCCCCCCCCCCCCCCCCCCCCCUCCUCAUGGGGUAACUGGCCCACGGGGGUGCCAGUUACCCCGGUAGAAAAUUAUUGGAUAGGGUUUCACACAAGUGCGUUAAAAUCCAUUUAUUCAGUUCUAUUUAGAAAUUAUUUAAUAAGUAAUACCAUUUUAAUGAUUUAAAUAAAAUAUGGGGGGGAAAUGGUGUUGCACAUGUCACCAUUAAUAUCCGCACUAUCAAAUCAAACACGUGUAUGUGACAAAAAAUUUGAUCUGAUUUGAUAUCCGCACUUUGAGGAGAUUUGAUGUGAAGUUCCUCUUUUUAACUCGCCUGCACAUACGUUUUCUUUGUUCUUUCUUUGUUGUUCCUUUUCCAUACAAUCCAUUAUGUACAAUUGCACUAAAUAUGAUUUUAAUAAUGCAAGAUUUUAAAUCCCAGCAGUCUUUAAAAUGACAUUCAGAAGCAAAAGGUUUUCAAUAGCUGUUUAUAAUUCAUUAAAAAAAACUAUUAAUUGGAAUAUAAUAUUGGAAUGGAAUAUAAAUAAUAUUAAAUAACAUUGGAAUAGAACAUUUAAUAACAAUAACUUAACUAAUUAACUCAGUGUAACAUUGAUGUGGCAACUCUCUUAUGCUCUGCUAUUGCACGAUUCUAAUUUGUACAUGGGUCACAAAUAAAGCUAUCCCCAGUCAAAUUGGAGCACAACUCAUGAGUCCACCUCCUUCACUGCUCACACCUAAUCCAGUCCCCACCUGUGACUGAAAACAGGGGGAGAGAUGCCAAUUGAAAAGCUCUCUUAAAAACGUAGCUAGCUAUCUAUCUAUAUGACAUAAAAUGCUGUGUACAAUAGCUAAAAGGCUAUAAAGUUGCAUUAACUGUAAAGCUAUCAGUCACUAGUGGAAACAUUUACAACUGCAAUUAAGUUACGUAAUCUUUUUUAAAUGUAUCUUACCUCUGUCGUAGUAAAUAUAAAAUGUUAUAACGUGAAGAGGGGGAUUUGUCAUGUGUCUGGUAUUAACAGUGGGCUGUUGUGUUGGUUGUCGAACAAAGGACAGUAGAAGAGCAGCCAUAUCUUGUCACCAGAUGGCCUAGUCAGGAGUGUAAUAACAGGACAAACACCCACGCCCAAGGCCACAAUCACCAGAUCCUCCUCACCAGUUCCCUGGACACACACAAAUAUUUCAUUUGCACGCACACUCAUUCUCAUGCCUCACGAGUUCUUUGACACACACAGACAUUUCACUGUGGACGCACACUCAAACUCCACUUCCUUCUACUGGUCGGGUGCCAAGGGCAGAGGCCUCUGCCGUGCACCAAUGGGGCAUCUGCUCUGGACAGAGCAGACCCGCCUCCUACGCCUCGGGAACCAAUCAAGGGACUAGAAGAAGGACCCCUUCCUUUAUGUUACAUUGUAUAAGUAAUGCUGUAAACUCAGUUUAUUCAUCCCUUCUCAACUGUCUCCAUAAGAGGCAAUUGAAUGGGUCCAUGCAUGUAGCUUGAACAGUACCAGCUAUCUCUGUUUUAAUAAACUGCCUUUUGCUUAAGCAAAUUCCUCUCUGUCUAGCGUCGAUGGUUUUGUACUCCCUCUCCAUAUAAUGUGUUCACCAACACCUCAAACGAUCUGCUAGUGAAGUUGCUAGCUAGUAACUUAGCAUAAACUAGCACUAAUUGGGCUAGUCAUUGUCUAAAUGACAGGUAGAAACACAUUCAUAACCAUAAAGGGGUCCACACAAAAGUUGUGAUGACACAGAGGACAUUUUUUGUUCAGCAAGAACAGUGGCAGCCAGUGAAAGAGUUGGGAAAAUAAUUAUGUGAAUUACAGGGGGGUGGGCAGGUACCCCUUAGUACCCUACGCACAUGCCGGUGAGUUUUCUUAAUUGUAAUAAUUAUAAAAGGGUAUGGCUAACCUAUAGUAAGAAUUAUAGACAAUAAUUGAACUUGCUGGCAAAGAUGUCUUUCUAACCAUUUACAACUUUAAUUUAAGUCACGGGGAUUUUUAUUCAGGAAUUUGUGGGCGGUAAACGCAACCGGAAAUUGAACGGACUACGUUCACUGUCACACUGCUACUGAAGAUAAGGUUUAAAACUGUUGCAAGCCUUUUAAUGUAGAAAUCAUAGUUAUCACACUUAGCAACAUUUCAUGUUUCGUGCGUGAAUAUUGUAUGAGGACCGGAUGGACGAGAAUCCUUACGAAAAUGGUAUAGUGGAUUUUGUUAACUAGGCUUGGUGUGCUUGAUGUUCAACAUGGCGUAUCCUUGCUGAAUUUGCGUCUGUCGUUAUUUUUAGAACGCUGGGAGCAGGAGGGCUACUACUUCAGAAUCAUCCACUGUUAUGUUUUGUAAGGGAUAGGCUAUUUAGUAAUAAUAAUUGAUUGGAUUUAUGUAGCUAAUUUCUACCAACUAAGGUACGCGCUUUACACUAUAGCGGGACAUACAGACCUAAUUUGACAAGAAUGCGUUGUUUUUAGCCAAACUAAAAAAUCUGUCGAUUUAAACAUAUUUGAAACUAAUCAGGUGCACUUGGUUAGCUUGUGCAUGCAGUUUGCACGUUUGGGGCAUCACCAUAGGUUUCAUUGUCUGACAGGUGAAAUCAGCCACCUUUUUAUUAAAUACUUUAAAUAUGUAUUUGAAGCAGCUCAGACUCAUGUUAAAUUUUAACUUUGAAUAUCUGUUAAGUAUUAUUUCAAUCAGGGUUGCGGAUCAUAUCCAUUUCUUUAGCUCUGCACUUCUUCUAAGGUAGAUGCUGAGAGUGGGAUCCUUGGGACGUCCCUAACCUUAACCUUAACCCUUACCUUAUUAUGUUUCAACUUCAAUGGGGUGACGUCAGAGUUGGACGUCUCAAGGGUCCCCCUUAUACUGAACAAAACUAUAAACGCAACAUGAAAGUGUUGGUCCCAUGUUUCAUGAACUGAAAUAAAUGAUCCCAGAAAUGUCCCAUAUGCACAAAAAGCUUAUUUCUCUCAAAUGUAUAUAUUUGUUUACAUCCCAGUUAGUGAGCAUUUAUUCUUUGCCAAGAUAAUCCAUCCACCUGACAGGUGUGGCAUUUCAAGAAGCUGAUUAAACAGAAUGAUCAUUACACAGGUUCACCUUGUGCUGGGGACAAUAAAAGGCCACUCUAAAAUGUUCAGUUUUGUCACAACACAAUGCCACAGAUGUCUCAAGUUUUGAGGGAGCGUGCAAUUGACUUGCUGACUGCAAGAAUGUCCACCAGAGCUGUUGCCAGAGAAUUUAAUGUUAAUUUCUCUACCGUAAGUCGCCUCCAACGUCGUCUUAGAAUUUGGCAGUACGUCCAACCAGCCUCACAUCCGCAGACCACGUGUAACCACGAAAGUCCACAACCUCCACAUCUGGCUAAUUUACCUGCGGGAUCAUCUGAGACCAGCCCCCCGGACAGCUGAUGAAACUGAGGAGUAUUUCUGUCUGUAAUAAAGCCCUUUUGUGGGGAAAAACGAAUUCUGAUUGGCUGCACCCCUGCCCAGUCAUGCAAAUCCAUAGAUUAGGACCUAAUUUAUUUCAAUUGACUGAUUAAAAUCGUUGAAAUUGUUGCAUGUUGCGUUUAUAUUUUUGUUCAGAAUAGCAUUUAGGCCUACCCGUCUAACUAUAGCUAGGUGCUAUGAAUGUGUGCGCUUUGUCAAACUUGUUUGCGCCUGGUCAAGGUGACUGUGUACAAUGUAGUGGGAUAACUUCUUAGCUUGCAAGACAUCUGCGUAGCUCUGUUUACAAAUUAUUUUCUUAUUUUUAGGUCCCCCUCUUCUUCUUCCCUCUCUACGUCUCUUCAUUCCACCAUUGCGGCUUGUCUCUGCAGCCAUGUGGCAAGUGGUUCAGCGAGGAGAUGUUCAAGAUUAUGGGAUGCUGGAGGAGUUUGUCACCACGCUGACCGAGAUUGUGCCAGAGCUUUUGAGUUGCAGUCAGAGGGCCCAACUCAUCCUGGGGCUUCGAGCAAGGGUAAGAGAUUGGGCUCAGAAUGGGGAAAAAGAAACAUGCAACAAGAUCAUGUGAGGUUAGUCUCUGACAACAAUAUUGUUGACUCUAGCCUAAAACAGCCAGCUGUUAAACAUUGACUGAGUUGAAGACCCUGACACUGAUUUUCUCAAAUACUGACAUUGGCCCUUAGCUAGGCUAUCUAUCUAAAUGUGUCACAAUGAGAACAGAGCAAUGCCUACGAAGUGUGUGGUUGACCUUUGUACUACUGACUGGUCAUCUGUAAUUUUAGAUGGUUCUGGAGCUGUGUCGCACUGAGCAGACAGCAGACCAAGACAUUCAGCAACACCUGGACAGGAUCCGAAACCUCAUAUCCACUGGGGAAGCAGAGGUGAGUAUCUUUCAGGGAGGGAGCAAAGGCCUAUGUCAGUCAAAGUAUUGUGUCAUUGAGUUGUAAAAUUUGAUUAUUUAACUGUUGUGCAUUUUUUGUUGCAGUCAAGUGAUGCGGAGGUGGAAUUAUCUGAAUCAAACUUUGUGGAGCUGGUUGAAUCUCUGCUGAAAGACCCAAGUGAAAGGGAGAACUUUUACCAGGUUUGUCUUGCUCUUAUACGGUGGGAAAGUAUACACGUUUUGCUGGUCUAGGUUUUAGUGGUCUAGUUUUAUAUUGGUUCAAACCAAUAUAAAUAUAAGUAUUAUUAUCAUUUUAGGUUAAUUUAUUCUCUCCUAGGAUGUGUACCCUGUGGAAUUCGGGCCCAAGUAUGACACUGCAAUACAGAUGCUGAUGUUGGAAUUCCUUUCCAGACUUGAGAAGUUACUUCCCAUACCAGACCUUGAACAGGUAAUAAGAAGGAAUAACACCUUUAUCUAAUUAGCUUGGGGAAUUAGCAGUCAAGAAUACCAAGCAAGAAUCAAUAAUAUUUUUUACAUUUAAACAAAGAAAUUCAAGUGUGACAUGAGUUUGUAGUUGUUAAUGCUUUUAAACCAUGUUCCUCUCUCUCAAGACCGCCACCUUGCUAAAUGCUGUCCCCUCUGCCCUGGAGAAAUGUGUACAGUUUGUACCUGACCCCAUACAAUUGAGGACCCUGCUCCAGUACCACAGAAAACGGGGACAUUUGGACUCCAUCCGUGAGUAUUAUACAGUGUUAUAGAUUGGUUGUGCCAAAAUUGCAAUUAUAAAUGGGGUAGUUUGGGUCCUGGAUGCUGAUCGGCUGAAACAGCAUUUCAGCCAUGUGUAUAUCAAACAAUAUACCACAGGUAUGAUAUAUAAAUACUUGUUUACUGCUCUAAUUACGUUGGUAACCAGUUUAUAUUAGCAAUAAGGCACCUCUGUUUUUUUUGGGGUGUAUGGCCAAUAUACCACUGCUAAGGGCUGUAUCCAGGCACUCCGCAUUGCAUCAUGCUUAAGAACAGCUUUAGCCCUGGUAUAUUGGCCAAAUACCACACUCCCUCUGCCUUAUUACUUGAAUGAUUUGUGUCAAGUAGAGCAGUUGUUACUUUUAUCGGUAAAAGUUUAUAUUUGAGGCAUUGACAUAAUUAUCAUAUGCUGUUCAAUUUAACCGUAAUAUUUUUAAUUGUCUCCCUCUUUUGCAUGAAAAGGAACUCCAUCGUCCUUUGGUGA